AUGGCAUCAUCACCACUGAUGGCCAUUACGCUGCUCACGCGAGCAAUCGAAUACGAUGUUAUUGGCCGAAAAUUGGAAGCGCUGAAAUUGUACCAAGACGGAAUCGAAUCAUUGCUCAAGGAAUCUAAAGCUGAAACAGAUGCACAAAAAAAGCGUCACUACCAAAAUAAGAUAGUUGAAUAUAUGAAUCGCGCUGAACAGGUGAAAGAAUUGCUCGAUCGGAUCAAAAAUAAAGGUGUGAUCAAGGACAAAUUUCACAUAGUAGACGACUCUACUGGGUACGACUACCAUCGAAUCUUUAAUAAAUAUUUAAACGAUAGCGUACGGGAAAUUUUAAUUGAGGAGCCUUACGUGCGUGACCAUUACCAGAUCUGCAAUCUCGUAAGGUUCUGCGAAUUGGCCGUCAGCAGUUGCACAAAUCUUAAAUAUGUCCAGCUGAUGACAAUCAAAGACGCGAAAAACAAUGAUGAACAAGGUCGAGCGUUUCACACGCUGGCAGAAAACUUACAGCAACAUGCCGUAAAAUUUGUGAUAGAAUACUCUGAGCAUAUGCAUGACCGGCAAGUAAUCUUAAGCAAUGGCUACAUCGUGAAGAUAGGCCGUGGACUGAACUACUUCAAGAGAUCUCCCAGCAACUAUUGCCUCGGAGCCUUCAGCUACAACUUUCGAAAGUGCCUGGAAACGAACGUGGACGUGUUCUACUGUCCGGAAAAUGAUAAAUCAUGACCCGAGUAGACGCCUCAGACGAUGUAUGUACUUGAGUGA